UUCUAAGCCUGACAUAGUAAUUCACACCUGUUGCUUGAUUGGGUCAAUCACAAAAUUGUCGGAAUCAAAGCUGUAAAACUUCCGCGACGAUUUUACAGGAAAGGAAAACACGGGCGGAUAUAGGUAAAUUAUACCAUGCCUGAACAUUGAUCGGAAAUCUGACGGCAUUUAAACCAUUUUUGAUUAUAUAUAACGCAUUAAAGAUUUGUUUCAGAAAUGGAUAUGUCACUAGCCUCUAUUGUUCAAUUGUUGAUACUAUUGUUAUGUUCCGAACAAAUUACCGGUCAGAACUCGUUACUGCAGCAGCUAUUACAAACACUACGCUCGGGUGUACCAACAGCUCAGUCUGCGCCUUUGACGAUUGACCAGGAAAUACUCAAUGCAGCAGGCGAGGAAGCAUUCAACAGUGAUAUAAGCGACGUGACACACGGUGAAUACCAAUUCCAGGGAGAUAUAAUCUUCAAAUAUGGCGACCUUGCAGGGGCUCUAGAACCUGAACAAUCGGCCUUUGAUGGACCCGUUAGAAAAAAGAGGAAAACCGCACAGGACACAACAAAACGAUGGACGGAAAAUACCGUCUUAAUAGCCUUCGAUUCUAAUUCCGCAUUCAUUCUUUCUGAUUUAGCGCCUACGCAGCGUCGUGAAUUCCAGAAUGCCAUUGAUCAAUGGCAACAGAAAACUUGCUUGCGGUUUCGUACACCAACAAUAAAUGACAUACAUCAGGGUAAAUCCUUCGUAUUCGUCCAGAACGGCAAAGGGUGCUCCUCUCCUUUGGGAAUGAACCCCAUGCGACAGACUGGUAUCUUCCGAUAUCAACCUCUAACACUCGCACAACAAUGCAGAACGAGACGUAUCAUGAUGCAUGAAAUCGGACAUUGCCUCGGUUUGAUUCACGAACAGUCUCGCUCUGAUAGAGAUUCGCAUAUAUCGGUUCUGUGGAAGAACGUUCCGAUGCACAUGCGCCACAAUUUCCAACGGUUCACCACACAAGUGACCAAUAACCGGAAUACUCCAUACGACUACGAGAGUCUGAUGCAUUACGGACCAAAGGCCUUCAGCACUAAUGGGGAACCAACACUCCGGACCACGAAUCCCUCCUACCAGGAUAGGAUAGGGGCGUUCCAGGAAAUCAGCCAGUACGAUGCCUUGGCUAUAAACAAUAUGUAUGACUGUGGGGUCUCAAUGCAGCAGACUAUGGUUCCAUGGUGGCACUUUGUUGGCAAACGGAAGAAGUAGUUGUUUGCCAGAAUGGCAACACCAGACACUGAAAACUACAUCACUGAACGGCAAAGGAACAGCGUGUGUAGACUUGUGAGAGGUCAAAUUGAAAAAACUUUUAUUGGAAGCAUUCUUCUCUGUUUUAAUUCAAAUAAAUCGUUGAUACCUUUAACAAAGGUAAAACUUUGGCAUCUGU